UCACCCUCUCUCUCACCGGAUAUCCCCCAUUUUUAACACCUCAUUUCUCUCUCUCUCUCUCUCUGAUCAUACAACCAAAUUCAUUCAAUCAUCUCUCCAAUUUCAAAAAUCAACUGCUGCUUCUACAAUCUAUGGAUUCAACCUAACAACUACACUACAACAUCACGUCACAAUUUCAAUCAGAUUACUUGUUCUUCAGUCUUCAACUGUUCAUAUCACAGGUGUGAAUCUGUGGAACUAUAAUGAGAAACCCUAAUAGGUGUCACCUGUUGGAUUUCUUCACUUAUUUUCUGCUAUUGAGCUGUGCAAUUCAUUCAGUUAUAGCUGCUAAUUACUCUCCGGCCGAUAAAAUUUUGUUAAAUUGUGGUUCAUCUGAUGAAUUAACCGAUGAUGAUGGUAGGAGGUGGACCGCCGAUAUAGGGUCAAAAUUCGCAGAACCUGGUGCAAGUUCUGUAAGUGCAGAUGCAACUAUUCAAAAACCUUCUGUUCCAACAGUCCCUUACAUGAACGCUCGUAUUUUCAGAUCCGAAUUCACCUACAGUUUCCCUGUUGCUGCGGGACGAAAGUUCGUUCGCUUAUACUUCUAUCCAGCGGUUUAUGCUAAUAAUCUUGAUGUCUCCAAAGGCGUAUUCUCCGUCGUUUCUGGACCAUAUACCCUUUUGAAAAACUUCAGUGCAUAUGAAACGACAAAUAAUCUGAACUUUGAUUACAUCUCCAAGGAGUAUUCCAUCAAUGUCUAUUCCAUCAAUAACGAUUCUGCAACUUUGAAUUUAACAUUCACUCCGGCUCCCGGGACUCCCGAUUCAUAUGCGUUUAUCAACGGUAUUGAAAUCGUUUCACACCCUGAUAUUUACGCGUCUGAUGGAAAUACCAUGAUGGUCGGUUUAGGCACGACUUUCGAUAUCAACGACGCCACGGUUCUUGAAAACGUUUAUCGAUUAAACGUUGGCGGUCAGGCGAUUUCACCAUCUGGUGAUACCGGGCUUUUUAGACGGUGGACCGAUGACCCACCGUAUAUAUUCGGGGCAUCUGUUGGGAUUCCUGUGGCUACUGAUCCAAACAUCACAAUCAGUUACCCUUCGGGUAUGCCCGAUUAUAUAGCACCGGUUGACGUGUACAAAACCGCCCGGUCAAUGGGUCCAACCUACGAACUCAACCUAAAUUUCAAUCUCAGUUGGUACUUUGAUGUCGACACGGGCUUUUCGUAUCUGGUUAGGCUCCAUUUCUGCGAAAUUGCUCCAUACAUAACCAAGGGUAACCAACGGGUGUUUGAAAUCUUCAUCAACAAUCAAACCGCGGAAACCGAAGCCGAUGUUAUGCUUUGGGCAACAAAGAAAGAUGUUCCUGUCUUUAAAGAUUACGUUGUUACGAUGUCUCUCGGGGGUCCAAGACAAGAUCUAUGGCUAGCAUUGCAUCCAAACACUGCAAUGAAACCGCAAUACUACGAUGCAAUCUUGAACGGCGUUGAGAUAUUUAAAAUAAACACGACUGACGGUAAUCUUGCGGGGUCACUUCCGUCACCAGCACCCGUACAACCGGUCAUCGACCCUGGUAGGGGAUUGCCGAGAAAGUCAGGUAAGUCGAGCAAAACCGGGGUGAUCGGUGGCGGUGUUGGUGGCGGCAUUGCAGCUAUUCUUAUUAUCGGAUUGUUUGUUUGCUUUUUGACCCGUAAACGGAAGCAACGAAAGGAUCCGAGCUCGAGCGAUGGCCCGUCGGGCUGGCUCCCGCUUUCCUUGUAUGGAAACUCGCACUCUUCUGGAUCUACCGCCAAGACAACCACCACUGGAAGCUAUGCGUCUUCCCUACCGUCAAACUUAUGCCGCCACUUUUCGUUUUCGGAGAUCAAAGCCGCCACGAAAAACUUCGAUGAGUCUUUACUUCUUGGUGUCGGUGGCUUCGGGAAAGUUUAUAAAGGAGAAAUAGACGGUGGGGCCACUAAAGUUGCGAUAAAACGGGGGAACCCGUUAUCUGAUCAAGGUGUAAACGAGUUCCAAACGGAAAUUGAAAUGCUUUCAAAACUUCGACAUCGCCACCUCGUGUCAUUAAUCGGUUAUUGUGAAGAUAACAACGAGAUGAUUUUGGUGUAUGAUUACAUGGCUCACGGUACCCUUCGUGAACAUCUUUACAAAACCCAAAACCAACCGUUAACAUGGAAACAACGCCUUGAGAUUUGUAUCGGUGCGGCCCGCGGGCUUCAUUAUCUUCACACAGGCGCUAAACACACCAUCAUCCACCGUGAUGUUAAAACGACCAACAUUCUGCUAGAUGAGAAAUGGGUGGCUAAAGUUUCUGAUUUCGGGCUGUCGAAAACGGGCCCCGCUUUGGAUCAUACCCACGUCAGCACUGUGGUCAAGGGUAGUUUCGGCUACUUAGAUCCCGAAUACUUUAGACGACAACAAUUGACCGAUAAAUCCGAUGUUUACUCGUUUGGGGUUGUUCUUUUUGAGAUAUUAUGUGCGCGACCCGCUUUAAACCCGGCACUACCUAAAGAGCAAGUGAGUUUAGCCGAAUGGGCUCAACACUGUCACAAUAAGGGUAUUCUUGACCAAAUCAUUGACCCGUUCGUAAAAGGAAAAAUCUCGCCAGAGUGUUUCAAGAAAGUGGCGGAGACCGCCGUGAAGUGUGUGGCCGACCAAGGCAUUGACCGGCCAUCGAUGGGCGAUGUGUUGUGGAACCUUGAAUUUGCGUUGCAGCUUCAAGAGAGCGCGGAAGAGAGUGGCAGCAAAGGGACGUUAGAUUUGGAAACCGGUGGUUACGAUGAGGUGCCGCUAAAAGGAAAGGCGGGUGGUGGUGGUGAGUAUGAUGGAAACGUGACGGAUUCUAGAAGCACCGGGAUGUCUAUGAGCAUUGGCGGGAGGAGUCUUGCUAGCGAGGAUUCAGACGGGUUAACACCGAGUGCGGUUUUCUCCCAAAUUAUGAACCCGAAAGGUCGUUGAGAUUUCGGAUACCGGAUUCCGGGAAGCUGGCUGAAAAUGAAUUUUAAUAUUUAUGGUGAUAAAUCUGUAUGCUAUUCUUUUCUUUUUUACACACAAGUUUGGUCACCUUGAGGGCUCUUUUAUUUUUAUUUUGGAAUAUUAUAUCUAAUUAAUAUAAAUUGUAUUUACAAGUUUUUGAGAUGUUUUGGAUGAAAUUGUGUAGAAUCACAUUUGUGUGUA